AUGGCCAAGCCAUCCAUCCUCAUUGUAGGCGGAGGUGUCUUUGGUACCUCCACAGCCUACCACCUCUCACAAAGAGGAUAUGAAAACGUCACGGUGCUUGAUCGCUUCGACGCACCCUCCAAAGACUCUGCGGCCACCGACCUGAACAAGGUCGUACGCGCUGACUACCCUAACCCGUUAUACGCGAAGCUAGGCAUGGAGAGCAUGCAGGAGUGGAAGAACCCCAAAUCCAUCUUCGCAGGGAUGUAUCGCGAGAGCGGCUGGGUCAUGGCGGGCCACGGCCUGACGCGGGGAUGGCUCAAUAGCGCCAUGGAGACAGCCAAGAAGGCGGGUCGCGAGGGGGUGCGGUUCAUGACGGCCGGGGAGAUGAAAACGAGGUGGCCCGCUCUGACGGGGGAGUUCCCGGACUGGACCAACUUGUGGAGUCCUGCGGCUGGCUGGGUGCCGUCCGGACAAGCGCUGUUAAGAAUGGCAAACGCCGCCAAGUCACAGGGGGUCAAAUACGUCUGUGGAGAAUCCGGUUAUGCCAAGAAGCUCGUGUUAGACGGCAACGGGAAGUGCGAGGGUGUCUUAGCCGCAGACGGGACACUGCACGUGGCGGACAUAGUUGUGUUGUCCACAGGUGCCAAUACCGCGACCCUAGUUGAUGCGAAGAAAGAAGUGGUGGCACAAACAUCAGUCAUCUGUGUGAUGAAGCUGGAGCCGCACGAGAUCGAAAAGUACAAGGAUAUGCCAAUCAUCGAUGACUUCGAGCAAGGCAUCAUCUUUCCACCAGAUGAGAAUGGCUUAAUCAAGCUAUGCAGUUGCAGAUGUCUCACAAAUUAUCGCAACAGAUAUGUUCCAGGGGCUUCCAUCCUCCACUCUUUAGGCGAUUAUCCAGACGACGGAUGCCCUAAGGAAGUCGAAGAUGAAAUGCGUACGUUUGUUAGAGAGAUGAUCCCAGAGCUGGCUGACCGGCCGUUCAUCUCUUCCAAAAUGUGCUGGGACGGUCUAGCCGGUGAUCUCAACUUCAGAAUCUGCCCUUACCCCGAAACUCAGAACUUGUUCGUCGCUACGAUUGGAUCAAAUCACGGAUUCAAGUUCCUCCCAAUCAUUGGCAAGUACGUCGCUGACAUGCUCGAGGGGAAAUUGGGUAAGGAAUGGCAGGAUCUGUGGGCUUGGAAGUUUGGAAAGGUUCCUGAUGAUUUUCAAGAUCCUCACCCAUGGCCGCUCCGCGAUAUCUCAGACUUAUCAGGCUGGAAAGGCCGGAAUGCGGCUGGUGAUGGCAAACUCCCUUGGACAUGGAGUCGCCUCUAG